ACAAUGAGCUAAGAACCCUGUAGCUCAAGCAGCAAAUUUCUGCACUCCAACUUUCGGUUUAGCAGACCGCCAACAACUGCCUACUUGAACUUCUGCAUUGUGUGGGACAGAACAAGUGACCGGGAACUGCAAUAUUGGUCUCUUCCCCAGAUGUGGAGUUCGGCUGCAGCAGAGAAUAAUCGCGGGCUGAGCUACAGAAAUCGGACAGACGCUGCUACGGCCAACCCAUCGACGAGGAGGCGGUGUCCAAACCAAAAAGAAGACUUCAUCAGCUUUCAAGGUUCCUUACCCUUGUCACGGUGAAGAAGCCGAAGCACAAGAAGCCUUUCGCUGCUCAACUUCGAGUAAUUGCAGGGUAUCGGUUGGCAAUUUGCAUACUUUUAAUUGAUAGCUGCGGGAUGGAUAAUCAGGGGCACAUUCAGGGUGGACACCUGGAUGACGAGACGGACGAUAUUGAUCUCGACAACAUCCUUAUAGCGGUUGUACUACUAGGUCUCAUGUUCUUUGACCCACGCUUUAGUCGUGUUCAAAGGAGAAGAAGAGUCCGAGAUAGUGCGCUAUCGGGGAGAGAUUAUGUAGUUGAGCUGAUAAAUGGAUAUGAGGGCAGAAUUAUUGAAAACAUGCGCUUGGAUGUUCCCCAGUUCCUGCUACUCUGCGAUCUAUUAGUUCAGCGUGGUUACUGGCAUGCAUAUCCUUCUCAAAGGGUGGGAGUUCAUGAGUCUGUUGCUUUAACGCUAAUGUGCUUGAGCCAUGAUGAGCGGCACCGGGUUCUAGCCAAGCGCUUUCAGCAUUCAACGGAGACGAUCGACCGACAUAUUCGUCGUGUCUUACGAGGUUUGGUUCGACUCGGUCGUGAUCUCGUCAAGCCAAGAAACUUUGAUAACACUCAUCCCAGAAUUUUGAAUAAUGCAUUGUUCAUGCCAUGGUUCCGGGACUGUGUUGGAGCCUUAGAUGGGACCCAAGUCUCCGCUUGGUGCAGAGCAGAGAUUAGAGAGAGGUACAGAAAUCGGUAUGGUGACUUAUCCCAAUAUGUACUUGCAGCCUGCGAUCAUGAUAUGCGAUUUGUCUAUGUUCGGGUUGAUUGGGAGGAUAGUGCCCAUAACGCUCGAAUUCUUCAAAACACUCUGCUAGAUCCAAAUUUGGGCUUUCCCAUGCCACCUCUCGGGAAAUACUAUGCGGUAGAUGCUACUUACACUAACAUGCCAGGGUUUAUGGCACCGUUUAGGGGUGCACAGGGCACGCAUCAUGAGCGUGCAGCUAAAGCUCUAUUCAAUAGGCGGCAUGCAUCGGUUAGAAAUAUUAUUGAGCGGACAUUUGGAGUUCUUAAGAAGCGUUUUCCAAUACUCAAAGGUCCAAUGCAAAACUAUCUAAUUGCAACACAAAAUAAUAUAGUGCUUGCAUGUUGUACUUUGCACAAUUUCAUGCGCGAUUAUGUGCCGAAUGAUGAGUACUUCAAUGAAGAAGCACUCCAAGGAGCCUUUGCAGAUGCACACAUAGCAGGGCAUCAAGUGCAUCAGGGCCAAUCCAUUAAUAUGUUGCAGCAGGGCAUAGAUAAUUGGAACGAAGAUCGGCAGGCAAUUGCGGCUCACAUGUAUCUCAAUGCGCAUAACUAGCUACUACUGUAAGGCCUUGAUCCGAUUUGUCGAACAAGGCACAAGUUUAUUAGUUUUCAAUUUGAUUUGACGUUUUAUUUUGGCAAGCGUUUUGAAUUAGGGAACCAAUUGUGUUGCUAUGGUUGCUUCCGUGAAUAUGCACUUAUAUUUGGACUACUUGGAAAAUGUUUUAACCGUGUUUUAUCAGUUCAAUACUGACAGUUGGAAUGCUUUAUCAA